GGCUGCCGGCAUAAUGCAAGAAAACGCAUCAGUAGAACAAGAACAAGAUGCAAAUUUAGCAUUAACAGAUCUUGAUAAGGGCCUUCAUUCUGCCAAACCUGGAGUCCAAUGUGAAUCAGUAAUUCGUUUUCCUAGACUAUUUGAGAAAUAUCCAUUUCCUAUUCUCAUCAACUCUGCCUUUCUCAGGCUGUCCGAUGUCUUUAGGACUGGAAAUAACUUUCUGCGGUGGUGCAUUCUGAGAGUAACACUACAGAGCGAGAAACAUUUGGACAAAAUCCUCAACGUUGAUGAGUUUGUACGAAGGAUAUUUUCUGUCAUACAUAGUAAUGAUCCCGUGGCGAGAGCCCUCACCCUCAGAACUUUGGGAAGCAUGGCUAGUGUGAUUCCAGAGCGUAAAACUGUCCACCACACUAUAGUCUCUGGUCUGGAUUCCAAUGAUCGCCUUGAAGUAGAUGCAGCUGUGUUUGCAGCGAAACGAUUUGCAGCCCAGUCACGCACUUUUGCCGCUAACAUCUGCAGUAAGAUUGCAACGAUGAUAGAAAAGAUUGCCACUCCAGUGGAACUGAAAUUGAGACUUAUUCCUAUCCUUCAACACAUGCACCAUGAUGUAGACACAGCAGCAAAGGCCAGAGGGGUUUGUCAGGACUUACUUGCCAGUUUCCCUGCUCAGAAAUUUAUAACCUUGACUCUGCACACAAUGACACAACUAGCUGCCCAGUCAUUGGUGGAUAUCGAGUCACAUGUACAGUUGUUGAUGUCCUGCCUAAGAAAAGAUCCAAGGACUGUGGUGAAGUUUGUCAUACUAAGAGACAUGAACAGUCUAGCACGAAAGACUCCUCAUCUGUGGACUGAUAUAUCUGUAGAGGCACUAUGUGAGUUUGUGCUGAGUGCGGAGACCCUUGCCUUGAAGACUGCUGGUCUUGAUGUCCUGUCCACACUUUCCGGCUCUGUGGCCUUCCAGCUGUACAUGCAGAAGGAUGUAUCGGAGAAGCAGAUGAGAACUAUACUAGAAGUCUGUAAUCUGUGCUAUCUCUGUGACAAUGCCAGUCUUUCAGCCACAGCCACGCACUUCUUCACAAAUGUCGCCAUCUGUCACAAAAAAAGUAUUGGUUUUUCAGACUGUCCCGUUUGGACUCCAGACCAAGAUAUUGUAGCUGGUGCACGCCUCUCUCUCACUACUCAGAUCUGUUUAUCAGCCUGGAGCACUGAAUCACAGGAUCAGGCUGCUCUCAAGGUUUGUCUCCAUUGUGCUGUUAGACUGGCUGAGGUCUACCCUGAGACUGGCCCUUUCUUCGCCGCAGAAAUAGUACAACUUCUAGAAAUGGCCAAUGAUAAAAACUGCCUCAUGUUGUGUGAAUGUCUGGCAGCCAUUGGAGAACAGAACAGUGAUGUUAUUCUAGACAUUGUGCCACAACUGUUGCACAUUUUCCAAAAUCUCGGCCAACAACCCAAAGUUUCAGGUCAAUUUAAAACCUAUAUUGGCACUCUAUUGUUCCAAGCUGCAGAUGGCAAGCCCAUCCCAACGAAUGUUAGAGAGCUUGUGAUUAAAGAUAUGGAAUCUGCAACCAGUCCUUGGUUUGCUUACAAACUAGGCCGUCAAGCUAUGCGGUAUGGCCAGUACCAUGUGGCUACGGACCUGUUCAGCAUGUUGUCACGGAGAGUAGCAUCAGAGCACUUCCAUUUCUGGAUGCUGGGUUUACACGAGAUCUGCAAUGCUGAAGCUCACCUCUGGGAUGUUGGAACAGGAAGUGAUAUCAUGAGAAUAGAUGAUACCAUGAUGCAUUACCAAAAAGGACUAGCUGCUCUCAAAGCAGCUGCGACACCUAAUUCCCCGCUCCAGUUCCAGUGCUGGUAUGUGCGUCUGAGGACCGAACUGCUCCAGGUCCACUGCCAGUUGGUGCGUAACUGUAACACCUUUCGUACCUGUCCUCCACCAGCAAUAUCCACUGCUCUGGCCAUGUCACGUGGCCGUGAGAUUUCUCGCUGUGGACAGAUCUUGUCUCAGCUCAACAAGAGUAUGGGUGAUUAUGAAAGUCUAAGCACCAAGUUUUCUGCCCUGUACCAAUCCUCCUUUGAUGCUGACCCGAAUACACUGAGGAACAUCAUAUUACUCCAGCAGUGUUGUGAGGUGAUGAAAUCAGCCAUAUUGUCUGUUGUCAAGCCAGACUCACCAGGGUGUCAGCAGCAGAUUUGGAUGCCAACAACCUCAUGUCACAAAGACCAGUUAAGUAAGGCAGUGCAGCAAGUACAGCUUGAUAUAGAUAGUUCCUUACAGGGAGACCAUGGCCAGGCUCUCACACACAAGCAUAUUGACCUAUUACUACAAUCUGUUCGAGGGUUUAUACAGGCCACCUUUAGAUAUCCCAGGUUCUUCUUCCAGCGUCUGCAGUGUACAACCCUCAAGCUGGCAGUAUCUCCGCAACAAAAUGCCCAGAUGGAGCCCAUCCUCAUCCACCACAACACGUUACUUACCCUGAAAGUAGAGGGAAUAGUCCAGCAUGGUCAGCGACGCGAGCUUUAUCGUAGUGUGGGUCAGGUUCGACUGACCGUAACUACUACACUGGUCAACAGAAGCCAGAUUGUCACAGAUACUAAGGUAAAUGAUUCCCAGACAACAAACACCUUGAGCCAGAGUGUUUCCCCACACAAUGACUAUUUCAGUGUUAGCUUCCUGUUGGCGUUCCCCAUCAGUGGGGUACAUUCCGUGUCAAUAGAGGCUGCAGUGGAGGACCAGGAUGGAGCUCUUUGGUGUACUGGUCCAAAGGUCUGCAGCACAGUCAAGUCUUAUGAUGAUGCCAUGAUGAAAAAGCCAAAGGCUGCAUCCAUAAGGACUUCAUUUGGGCAGAUGCCAGGUCACUCAUGACCAGUGUAUAUAACACUAUAUGUGUUCAUGUUCAUAAGAUUGAUUGAAUGCUUCCGACAAAAGAAUGUAAAGAACCGAAAUUGGCAAUAUUCAAAAUACGAGAUUAUUUAUUUGAAGUGAAUCCUCUAUUAUGACACUUCUGUUGUGACUCAGAUUGCAGAAGUGGGGACCCUCCAAUAUAACACUUCUACUAUAUCUAGGAUUAAAAGUGGGGACCCUCCAAUAUAACACUUCUACUGUAUAUAGGAUUGUAAAAGUGGGGACCCUCCAAUAUUACACUUCUACUGUAUCUAGGAUUAAAAGUGGGGACCCUCCAAUAUAACACUUCUACUGUAUAUAGGAUUAAAAGUGGGUACCCUCCAAUACAACACUUCUACUGUAUCUAGGAUUAAAAGUGGGGACCCUCCAAUACAACACUUCUACUGUAUCUGGGAUUAAAAGUGGUGACCCUCCAAUAUAACACUUCUAUUGUGACUCGGAUUGUAAAAGUGGGGACCCUCCAAUAUAACACUUCUACUGUGACUCGGAUUGUAAAAGUGGGGACCCUCCAAUACAACACUUCUACUGUAUCUAGGAUUAAAAGUGGGGACCCUCCAAUACAACACUUCUACUGUAACUAGGAUUUCAGAAGUGGGGACCCUCCAAUAUAACACUUCUACUGUGACUCGGAUUGUAGAAGUGGGGACCCUCCAAUAUAACACUUCUACUGUGACUCGGAUUUUAUGAGCUGUGAGUAGGAAAGUUCAUUAAGUGUCCAUAUUUGAAUUUGUGGUAAGAAUGGUAGUAUGCACUUAGUAUGGCCAGGUAUGGAUGAAGAUUAAAAUCUUUCAAGUCAUGAUGACACAGGCCAUCAACUGUGUUAUGCUUUACAAAGAUAUUGUUUCUCAUAAAUGAAAGCAAGUUGAAAUGCAUACAAAAUGUUUUUUGUCUGCUGAGGACAGAUGUCAUAAAUA